UCAUAUCAAACGAUAUUUUUGUGCAGCCAACUUCACUUUAAAGCUUGUGACAAGAAAUUGCACUUAAAAAAUUAGCUGCUGAAGAAAACCAAAAAAAAAUUAGGAAAAUUCACGAAAAUGGACAGUCAGGGAAACCGCGAAACCUCUUCGUCCUCCGCUUCGUCCGCCGCUAACAGACGCCGCAGCUCCACGGAAACGUCGGAGGACACCUUCGGCGAAGGAGUCUUGAAGGAUUUAAGCAGUCUCUGCAUGGACGAGCUAUUCUCGGAUAUGUGGUUCAUUGUGGAGGAUCAGCGCCUGCCGGCGCACCGUAUGAUACUAGCAAAGCGCAGCCUGUACUUCCGCGCCCUGCUCUACGGUGAUAUGUCCGAAUCAAAUGAACCAGAGGUGCCGCAGGAGGAGCCCCAGGAGGAGCCGCUGGAGGAGUUGCAGGAGUCGAUGGAGGAGCCGAUGGAGUUAGCGAUUAAGGUGCCGAUGGAGGUGCGUGUGGACGUGCCGCUGAAGACAUUCAAGGUAAUCCUCGGCUAUUUUUAUUCGGGCACUCUGGCCAUAUCCACACUUAACAUUGAUGAAGUCUUCGAAGUGCUCGAAUUGGGCAACUUGUAUAUAUUGCCAGAAGUCGAAUUGGCCCUAGCCAAACGUCUGCAGAAUAAUCUGUCCAUCAGCAACACGUGCAUGAUCCUGGAUAUAGCUCGCAAAUUCAAUCUUGCAGAGCUGACCAUGAAAUGCCUCAAGUUCAUGGACAAAAAUGCAUCCCAAGUUCUGAAACACCAGUCCUUCCAAAUGUUGUCCAAGGAAUCACUGGAAGAAGUCCUGCGACGGGACACAUUGAUUGAACACGAAAUCGAUGUCUUUAAAUCGGUACUCAAAUGGAGUCGCCACAAUCAGGGCGUGGACAUCAAAUCGGUGGUCUCGCUUGUACGUCUCUCUCUCAUUAGUGUCGAAGACCUGGUGUUUGUGGUGCGUCCCCCUGGGAUCGUCGAGCCAUUAAAAAUACUCGACGCCAUCAAGGAACAGAUAAACACGUCGAUAUUGCCCUACCGUGCCCACGUCUCUCCAGGAGUGGAUGUGACCUUCCACUUCGGCUGCAGUGUUGAGGUCAUCGAAGAUGGGAUCGUUAUAAAGCUGAGUUUCUGGUGCAUAAUCAAUAUCAUCUCUAUAGAAGUUAUUCAAAAUACCAAUGACAUGUCCAACUGCACCGUGGAGGUCUCUUGCGACAUGAUCCACUGGGAUGACGUGGGAAAUAUAGAUUUAUCUACUCCCACACAGCAGGUUGUCCACUUCACCCGCAUGCCUGUUCGCUUCAUUCGGAUCGUCGAUCCAGAGAAUGGCCGCAAAGAUGUUUUAGAUUAUUUGCUGUUCAAGGCCGUUCUAAAUAACACCAUUCCCUAGACGAUCUGGAAACUUGGAAACUGUUUAACAGUAGCGAUGACUGAGUGAGAGUCUGAAGACUUGUUCCUUUUCUUUUUUUUUCCUAUUAAUGGAUUAUUUUUAUUUGUACUUGCAUUCAUUAAUUUCUUCUAUUUGAUUACAUUCUUAUAACCAAUAAAAUAAAUAUUAAAUUUGUCUUGUUCAAUUUCCAAGAAA